AUAGAAUCCAUAACUAAAUCUUUGAGAUAGUGUAAGCUCUCUUCCUGAAACCAAAAAGAUGGUCACGUCUGGCGGUCCGUCUUCCACAAAACCCUCAGGGUCCUCUGUCGGAGGUAAAAAACCUCAGCAGCAAGGAGGAGGCUCAGCAAAUGCCUCUUCCUCUUCUGCCAAAGUUUACGUAGAUGCAGUUUCGCGUGCUUUUAAAGGAGGUUGGAUACGGCGUAGUGCUUUGCGCGUCAUCCGGUAUGCAAUGCGGGGCUCUCCUCCGCGUCUAUGUCCUGAGGUCGAACAACUCGUGCACGAACUACGCGUGAUGCCCAAGCAUAUAAAUCGCAUAUAUGGAGUCUUCUGCGAUCUGCGAGACCGCAGCAAGGACCUUGGGGUACGGGCAGGCGCUGGAGCACUGGCCACGGACGAAGCAGCAAUAUGGUCAUUGCCGUCGUUGGUGCAAUAUCGUUAUGAGUGAUCCUCCGACACGUUGUUUGUGACGUUAGACAUUUGCGCUCAUCCAGAUCUAGUUCGCUUUCUUGCUAUUUGCACACUUGUGUAGAAAAUGGAAUGUCUCUAAGGUGACCAUCUGCGUGAGGAUAAGCGGAGCAACUUCGUUUCUUGUUUGUUGUAUCUUACAAGGGUUAGUACAGUAGUCAGCUGAAAAAUGGAGUCUGUUUCUAAUAGAUACGAGCGCAAGUGUUUUCUUGACUGAACCUGAAACCACCUCUAAAGCAGGCGGAAAUGGGUCACAGAGAAGUGCCUCAUGCGGCUCCUCGAGUUUGCCGGUUGCUAUCAACGUAUAAGCUGGAGCCAGUUCCUCUACCUUUUUCUGCGGUUCAAUACGCUCUCGAAGGUACUAGUUGGGCACCCGGUAUGCAUUUAUAGUGGUACAGCUGUGCAAUUUGAAAUGAUAAGAAAACCGGAGCAAUCGCCUUGGAACCACCUGAGAUUUCGAGUUCUAUGCCCUCUGCGAUUUUGUUCGUGAGAUUAGCGGCCGGCGCUUCGUUAUCCUCGAUCAAGUUCCGUGGGAUGUCGCUGAUAGUCGACGAGGAAGAAGAUUCUGCGCUAGCAGUGCGAUGGCCUUCCGAUUUGCCGGAUGGCGUCGGCGGGUGCAGUCGUGAGGCAUCUCCAAGCUGGGAAGAUCCUUUUCGCAAACUUUAAAUUAUCUCCAGGCAUCAGCCAAACUGUUGCUGCACCCGCUAACGCGGUUCCGACAGUUCUGGAAUCGCCAUGAGGAGGCUCUCCAGAAGAAGCCCGCCAUGGUUGAGGCGCGCAAGCUUGUCGACAAACUGGCGAAGCUUUACCAGGCGAAAGGGCUGAGCUUCACGGGUCAGCAAAUUUGCAAGAUUCUGCGUUAGCAGUGCGAUGGCCUUCCGAUUUGCCGGGUGACGUCGGCGGGUGCAGUCGUGAGGCAGUCGACAAACUGGCGAAGCUUUACCAGGCGAAAGGGCUGGGCUUCACGGGCCAGCAAAUUUACAGGUGAAGCCCUGGCGGGGUCCGGUCGACCUUACCACCCAAGGACGUGCGCAGCUUGUCGGCCUCCUCGCUUAAGUGAUUCGCCUGCGUAGCUGCUUGGGCGAAGCGCUUCGCUUGCCGCUCAUUGUUGUGGCCUGUAUAGAAAGGCGGCCGGCUGGUGCUCGAGGUCGCGCGGGCGCCCAGGUUUGGCGCUGCUUCUAUGUCCGAGCAUUGUGCCACGCCUCUGAAGCUGCUAACGAUUUCCAGAGAAGCGCGCCCGGGAGUGGCUUGCCGGUUUUGUCAUGCGUGGCGGACUUUCGAGCUGCAAAGCCUAUCCGCCGUCUCUUGUCACAACAACAGAAACCCACUGGAGAAGUGUCAGCGAACCUGCUGGCCGGUGAAGCUGGCUUGAAUGUGGAACAGGCUGGGCGGUGCAAUGAUGUGACUUGUCUACGCGGCCAAUGCUUUGCGUGCUUGCAUAUUUAUGCUGAAGAAGAAAGCGCACGGCCUGGAGAUAGUGGGCGCAUGUAUCUGGGCGAUGGUGAAAAGCAUGCGGGACCUUUUAAAUCUGGUGAGGGAGAGGGAGCUGCGGCCGGGUGCCAUCUUCUAACGAGAUGCCCACCCGCCUAGCGAGCCGCCACCUGCGCCCAUGCGACCAAGCUAGGGGCAUGCCCUUGAGAUGAGCGCAGGGGAAGCUGCUGGGCUUUACAUUUACAAGCACAACGCAGAAGCCGGGCGCCGCUUACUGCGCGGCGCUGUGCCUUUGGGCUUGCGAAGGUGGAGGCGGCUGGAGUGGUCAGGCCUUCGCUUGCUUGCUUCUUGCCGCGGCUACGACGGCGUCGGCUUGCGUCAGCUCGCUCCAUCUUGAGGCAUGAGGAUUCAGGGAACUGCGGCGGGGGUCGAUGUAGGCAGCAGCAUCUUAUCAGGGGUGGAAGCCAUCCGCCAGGUUGUGGGCGUUGUGGGGCUGGUCGCCUAACUAAGUAGAACGUUCGCCUUCGCAGAAGGCGCGCACCGCGCACCCGGCGGGCGUGCAUGGCUGCACUUUGGCAGCAGUCAGCCGCCAUCUCGCACACAGCCAAGGCGUUGCCUGUAUGUCUUCCGGGGCGCUGCUCGCUCGCAUGCGGUUGAGCGUCGGGGGUAUAGGCUUAAAGAGUGGGUGAGGCAGUGAAUGGCGCGUGGGGGGCUGGUGGGGUGCAUGUGCGUGAUGUGGCGACACAGAUGCGAACUGAGCAAGAGCGAACGCAGGGGGGCUGGCCUGGUAGGUUUUUGGGAUGCCUUUGCGCUUUGCUGGCUGGGCUCAUUUGUCGUCGAAUAAAAUGCUUGCACCACCUCCACGCAGCUCUGCUCUGUAUCCUUUCACUUCCCCGCUGUGAUGUCGUCUGAAGUACAGCCUUCGGCAGUGCUGGGACGGUCUAGUCUAGUAAUUGAUCGCCGCCUAGAACACACACAGACUCACUCAGACACCCGCUAGCCAUUUCAUUCGAAGGAGUGGACAAUACAACAACUGAGAGAAGGAAUGUAGAUCCCUCGCAACGAAAUAUAUUUAUAAAAACUCUUACACUUACUUCCAGGUCGAAUUGGCCCAAGUCCUCUACUUCCUGAUAAUCCGAGACGUCAAAGCUUGGACGAUACACUAUCUGACGUGUACGCAGCUGUACGAGUAUUUCUCUUUCUUCGAAGACUGUCCAGUUGACAGUUUCCGAACGUCCUCGGUCAAUUUUGCCACCUUACCCUUAAGGCGUUACACGAUCGCCGACUUUGUUGGCCUGUGUAUACAGCAUCCGAUUUUGUUGGGGCCGAUCUUGUACUUGCAAAGGGAGAUGCAGAAGGCUUUGCCGAGUACACAGUUUUGGGACGAUAGUGAUCGAUUUAUUGUGCCAGAUCCAAGAAGUGAAGCGGGGAACGAAAAUCAACCCGAAAACGCCAACGCCGGAUCCUCCACUAGUGCUCCUGCUUCAGCCUCCACCAAACACGGCACGCGGAAAAUCGAUCUACAAUUUUUCCGCGUGCGGCAGAUGAAUCUUCUUCUACGAGUAGAUAUGCUGAAAGACAAACUGGAAGAGAUUGGGAAUGUUGGAGAAAAAAGCAUGAUCACGAUCACGAACAAUUAUAAUGGCGAAAUAACAACUACAAAUUCAAACGCGCAGCUUGGGCAUCUCGAUUCCUCUGGUACAACUAGCAUUAAGGGUUUCCACAUUACAUCCUCCACUGACAUCCUUGACAUUUAUUUUCCAAGUGGAAAGUAGGUCCGGGAGGGGCUGAAGAAUGUAAUUUUUGUGCAACCUCUAAUAGUUGUACUUCUGGUCCGUUACAACGAAAAAUACCCGCUUCUGACCCAGUAAUCGACGGCACGUGGCCAGAUUUUACGCUCGACGCGAUCCAAAGAAGCGCAAAACAAAGACGCAUUCGUCUGGCACAUUUGUACAGAAAGCAUGCCCACGAGUUCGCAACUCUAUCUGCUGAGGAUCUGCAACUGCUCGAACCUACGACCAAUACCACGAGCUUGAUAGAACAGGAAGAUGCUGGAGGUGCGUCUUUUGGUGGAAAAAAGAGCUUAGAUUAAGGUUUCCACAUUACAUCCUCCACUAGCAUCGCUGGCCUCUACUUUUCCAGUAGGAAAGAGGUCGGGGAUGUUCUGAAGAAUGCAAUAGCGCAACCUUUAACGAGAAGAGGUCGACGAAGUAUUGAAAAAACAGUGGCUGCCAGGCGCGGUUGGUCAUCCAAGUGUGAUGAAUCCUAGGGCUAGUACCAUUGCGAAGAUAAUGGCAGGAGGAACUACCACUAUGAUGCGGGAUCCGGAUGGGAAUCCUGUUGGUGCUUUGCCGACAUUGCUGACAACCAAAUCUACCACAACUUCUGACGAUCAUACUUGUUCCUCUCUGAGUAAAGCAGGCAAUGCGUCUGGAUUCACGGGUCCUUCCUCACUAUGGGGGAACAAGAAACAAGCGAGGAAUGCGAAUGGAGGAGGAAAAGCAUCAUCUUCUAGUACACGAGAUACAUCAAGAACAGGGUUGAUACCAACGGGUCAACCGUUAGCGAAGAUGCAAAAUAGGCAGAACUCUGGGAGGACUGCACCUUCCCUAAAUAGUAGCAGCAGAUCGAACUACAUGAGCCAGCGUUACGACAGGGUGAAGCGUGACGUUGAUAACAUCGAUGAAGUACCUGAGUGGAUGUUCCCAUUCCUGGUCACCAACAUCGCUUUGCGACAAGAAUAUGGCGAGUUGUCACGGCGUUUCUGUGACGCUUUUCGUGAGCAUCGUAAACAACGAAGAUUCCAACGGUUUGCGGAGAUCGAUUUUAUCCGCAGUAUCAGGAAGAGCUCUGACACGGCAGAUGGUGCUGCGAAAGUGGGUGGUCAGGGCCAAACCGGCGGCGGAGAUGGAGCAGAUGAUUAUGGCCUAGAAAUAUGUUCUGCAUUAAGGCUCAGCUUUCAUUGGUCAUUGACGUUGGUCACUGACGCGGAAGAGUAGACCCCUUGAGGGGAAAACUCAAGGGGGAAAACUAAGGCAAGAUGGGGAAAACUAAGGCAAAAAGGGGAAAACUAAGGCAAGAUGGGGAAAACUAAGGCUGUAAGGGGCCGCGUCCCUCUAACUGGAGGAAUUGUAGUACAUUGAUCAGAACCCUUGGAUACAGGGUUCUGAUGAACUAUAAUGUCUACUCUGUGAAGAACAGUCCUUCUAGUUCUUCUAACCACACCCUUCCUCGCACAAGAAAUUUUCCAUUGUUGCCUACCUGGAAACCGUGAACGAAGUGCCGCUCGUGCCUCGUGGAGUCUACCACGAUUUCAAGUUGAAUCCAAAGUAUCGUCCAGAAGAGGGUCCCGCAGUUUUGCCAAUGCUUACCACAGAGUAGGUGGCAGUUUGAUGAAUGGAAAUCAGUCUCUAAAGAAUGAUGUUUCGAGGAGUUGUGUCUGUAUUUUGAAGGACGAAGUACAUACUCAUGAUUUUAAGAUUUUCAGUUUUUUUCAACAGUAACAUGGAUCGAUUAUGAGCACAACGUCAGAUUUUGCAGCACUAGCAUAGAUACUUGGGUUGUGACACAUGUAGUACUUGUAGUACAGGAAAAUGAACAGAGGUCAUGUCUCCAGUUCCUAGAACGUACAUGGAAAAGAUUCAGGUGAUGAAACACGAAUGAAGACACUAUUUGCACACACAGACGCAUGAAGCAUUUCAUUUUCGACAACACGUCACAAAAGAGAAAGCACAGAACCACGACAGGAAAAGAAGCUGUUGAAAUAGGCUUGUGACGCUUUGAA